AUGUCCACCACCUUCGCAUACCAGCCUACCCAUCCCCAAGGCUUUGCCCAUCACUAUCACUACCCUCCUCACGUCCACCACUCUGCUGCCAUGCCAAGCCAUCAGCCCUCUUACUGUGAUUCGGGUCUCGGCCAAGCCGGCCCAGUCGUCCACUACCCAACCCCCCACCACUACCAGCCCAAGCACCAGCAGCAGCAGAAGGAGAGCCCAUGUCAGGACCUCCUUCCACUGCAGGGCCACCCCACGCCAUACGCUCAGUACGCCGAGCUUCCUAUCGUCGACGACUAUGGCUUCUACUAUGAGCCCCUCACCACCACCCCUUCGGCCAUCCCCAUUCCCCAGUCCAACAGGCAGUCCACGCCCAGUGCGCUAGGCCUCAACAACUCUCUCGGCCUCUCCAACGUCCCCGCACCCGACGUCGAGUCGCCCAUCACGGUAGACCUCGAGGCCUUCACUGCCUACGAGGCCAACCUCCACUCCUACCACCACGACAUGCUCAAUGCAUGGCUCGACCGCCCCGAGACUGCUCGCGACCACACGAGCCCCCCUCCCCCACCCACGCCAACCAUGGCCUACCUCGAGCUCGAUGACGACAGCGACGAGGACCUCGACAUUGUCUCUGGCGGAGUCCGCCUCCUCGCGCUGUAA